AUGUUCUCAUAUUCCAACUCACGUAAUCUCACGCGCUGAGUUAAUUUUUUCUCACCUUUCAUGGAUGGAUUUUUCGCCCCGAUCAGCUCACCAAUGUGAGACAGUCGGGUCAGUUGUCAAAGUGAACUGUGCCAGGCAGGAGUUGUGAUGGAAUUGUUUCGUUUUCCGGUGCAGGUGCAAUAAGCAAUAAGAGAAGCAAUUGUAGGUGUUGUAUGAAAGAAAGAACAAAUCGUGUGCCAGUGGAAUGGAAAGAAAACGGCAAACCCUGAACAAAGAGCUUGUGAGACCGAAAGGUGUAGCAAUUGGAGACCAAUUCCCUUCCAGGCAGGGUGGAUAAGCUAACGCUGUAGAAGGGAUUCCAGAAUCAUUCAUAAGCUAAAAUAAUUAGUGAAGAAAGGCACAAGGUUUUCCUUUGUUGCGGACAUUCACAUACGGAGUGGAAAAAGUUCUCCGUUCCAUAAAAUUCCAAAAUGCUGGUUGUGCUGCUGAAAUGAUUGUUGUUGGUGGUAUUGUAUUGUGCUAGUGAAUAAAGAGAGCGUUUGUAUUGCGUCCACUCUGCGUAUGCGUAACACCCACUCCGCUCAUUCAUUCUUGGUUAAAAAACCGAAGAGCCUUCUAAAUGGGGAACUACGUAAGGGAAGAAGUUCGCACAACACGACCCGAAAAAAGCAAGAUGGCGUGCUACAUUGGAGGCCUUUCGCCCCCCGCUCAGUGUAAUAAAUCCCUUGCCUUCAGUCGAGAGGAAUGGGGGUGGUCCAGCAAAAUCCCCCCAGAGCGCCGUGAGAUUUUCAUCGCGCGCGCUCUCUUCCAUAUGGUUUUGCACGGCACACAUACACACUUUCUUUCACGCACGCUGGUGUGUUGGUUUAGCUUGUUAACCCUCACGAGGCCACUGUUGAUCGGUUACCCUGCACAAUCGGCAUACGGUGCUUGAUUUUCCAGUUGAAAAGUCGUGCUGUGCACAAGUGCGCGUAUGCAAGAGUAUACGAGCUCGUGUGGGUGUGUGUGUGCGUGCGUGCGCGCGCGCGAGUGUGCGAUUAUUUAUCUGUAUGUGUAAAAGUUGUCUAUUCUAGUAGGGGCAAAAAGGAAAAACGCAUCCUUCAAAGGGGUUUAUUAUUGAAUCGUUUUGUUUGAAUGUAGCUUGCCGUUUCUGAAGAAGGAGCCUUGUGGCUGAGUGUGCGCGUGAUUUGUGUUUCGGAAUGUGUGUUUCCGACCAAGCAAGUGUCCUGUGCGAUUUUUUGAGUAGGAAACCCCUUGUUCUGUUCGUUUUUGCACUUGUUUAAAGUUAGUUAAACGAUUAGAUUAAAAGUUCCCCAAAAUACAACAAAUGCGGAACGCAACGAGCGUCAUUCUAAAAAAAGCAAGGUGUUUAGUGUUUCGUGUUAUUAAAGCGUGCAGUGAGUGAGUGUGUGCGUCGCAGGUUGCGGUGGGUUGCGUUGGGUAUACCCCCGUUAACUUCAUUGCAUCCUCUCUACUAAACACAUCUGCCCCAAUCACUGUUGGCUACUAAAGCUGCGUCGAUAAGGGAUCCAGCUAUACCCACAAAAGGAAAACGGAUUCAAAUAUGUCGGAUAAAAUCAAAGUGGCCGUACGGGUUCGUCCGUUUAACCGGAGAGAACUUGAGCUCGCCACAGAAAACGUCAUUGAAAUGGAUGGCUAUCAAACGAUUUUGAAAUAUCCUGCCAGCUUGGAUAAGAUGGAAAGGAAACCACCGAAGAUUUUCGCCUUUGAUCACUGUUUUUACUCGACCGACGCAAACGCGAAUAACUUUGCAUCACAGGAGCUGGUCUUCAACAACAUCGGUCGAGAUAUACUAGAGAAUGCGUUCCAGGGCUAUAAUGCGUGCAUCUUUGCGUACGGUCAGACUGGAUCGGGCAAGUCGUACACGAUGAUGGGUAGUCAAGAAAGCAAAGGCAUCAUACCGCGGCUGUGUGACGAGCUGUUUGCAUCCAUCGCUGCCAAACAGACGGACGAGCUUAGCUAUAAAGUGGAAGUGUCAUACAUGGAGAUCUACAAUGAAAAGGUGCACGAUUUGCUCGAUCCAAAAACAGCCAAGCAGUCGCUGAAGGUGCGCGAGCAUAACGUGCUCGGUCCGUAUGUCGAUGGAUUAUCCCAGCUGGCAGUCACCUCAUUUAUGGAUAUCGAUAACCUGAUGGCGGAAGGCAACAAAUCGCGAACGGUCGCGGCAACGAACAUGAACUCGGAAUCGUCUCGCUCGCACGCGGUCUUCACGGUUGUUCUGACACAGACACUAAUCGACACAUUAUCUGGGGUCACAGGAGAAAAGGUAUCACGUGUUUCGCUUGUGGAUUUGGCCGGUAGUGAGCGUGCAGUGAAAACCGGAGCCGUUGGAGACCGGCUCAAAGAGGGUUCAAACAUCAACAAAAGUCUUACCACACUGGGUUUGGUGAUAUCGAAGCUAGCUGAUAGUACAGGAGGCGGUGGAGGGGGCAAGAACAAAGAUAAAUUUGUACCGUACCGUGACUCGGUGCUGACUUGGCUACUAAAGGACAAUCUUGGUGGGAACUCGAAGACGGUUAUGUUGGCAACAUUGUCACCAGCGGCCGAUAAUUACGAGGAGACGCUGUCUACGCUGCGGUACGCCGAUCGGGCAAAACGAAUUGUUAACCAUGCCGUGGUGAAUGAAGAUCCGAAUGCCCGUAUCAUUCGUGAGUUGCGUAAGGAGGUAGAAACGCUGCGCGAAAUGUUGAAACAUGCGACGGGUAACAAUUUCGGUGACAUGAAGCGCGUCGACAUUCACGAUAAGCUAGCGGAAAGUGAGAACUUGAUGAAGCAGAUCUCGCAAACAUGGGAAGAGAAGCUAGAGAAAACCGAACAGAUCCAAAGCGAACGUCAGCAGGCACUAGAGAAGAUGGGCAUUAGUGUGCAGGACAGUGGUAUCAAGGUGGAGAAAAAUAAAUACUAUCUGGUCAAUCUGAAUGCGGAUCCGUCACUAAAUGAGCUGCUGGUGUAUUACCUGAAAGAGGAAACGCUGAUCGGUGGUCGAAGCAGCAGCGGUAGCAAACAGCCCGACAUUCAGUUGCUUGGCCUCGGCAUCCAGCCUGAACACUGUCUUAUCACAAUCGAAGAUGGCGAGCUAUACAUGGAACCUAUUGAGAAUGCGCGUUGCUGUGUAAAUGGCUCGGUCAUGAGUGGUAAGACAGCGCUUCAUCAUGGUGAUCGUAUCCUCUGGGGUAACCAUCACUUUUUCCGGGUAAAUUGUCCGAAAUCUGCCACAAACAGUGCGGCUUUGGGAGCUUCAGAACCGCAAACACCGGCGCAGCAUCUUGACUAUUACUACGCGCAAGAAGAAUUGAUGCAAAACGAGCUGAGCAACAAUCCGAUUCAGGCGGCCAUCUCGCGGCUAGAGAAGCAACACGAGGAAGAUAAACAAGUAGCACUCGAGAAGCAGCGACAAGAGUAUGAGAAGCAAUUCCAACAGUUGCGAAACAUUUUGUCACCGACAACACCGUAUGCACCAUAUGCACCAUAUGAUCCGUUUCGGCUAGGAAAACUCCCUCCAAACACACCGACCGGCCAGCUACGCGUUGAAAAGUGGGCGCAGGAGCGGGAUGAAAUGUUUAAACGAUCCCUCGGUCAGCUCAAAACAGAUAUCGUACGAGCGAACGCACUCGUACAGGAAGCAAACGUUCUAGCAGAAGAGAUGGACAAGCAAACAAAGUUCAGCGUGACGCUACAGAUACCUCCGGCUAAUCUCAGUCCGAACAGAAAACGAGGCGCCUUUGUAAGCGAACCUGCCAUUUUAGUGCGGCGUAUGAACUCAGGCAGCCAGAUCUGGAGUAUGGAGAAACUGGAGAACAAGCUGAUUGAUAUGCGCGACAUGUACCAAGAUUACAAGGAGCGUCAUUUAACCGCUAUGGAAGAGGCAAAAGCUAAGUCGGAUCCAUUUUACGAAUCGCAAGAAAAUCAUAACUUAAUCGGUGUAGCAAACAUCUUUUUGGAAGUGUUGUUUCACGACGUAAAAUUGGAGUACCACACACCGAUCAUUAGUCAGCAAGGAGAAGUUGCGGGGCGAUUGCAGGUGGAAAUUAGUCGGGUGGCUGGUACCUUCCCACAAGAUCGUAUGUGUGAGUCAGCGUCCGAGAGUUCCGCGGAUAGUCAUGAGGACGAUGAAGACUUACCAGAUACACCGUCACCGCCACCAACCGCCAAUAGCAAUCAAAUCAGCUGUAGGAUUAGCAUCAAGCAAGCGUCCGGACUGCCGCUCUAUCUGUCCAAUUUUGUGUUCUGUCAGUACUCUUUCUGGAACCAUGAGGUAGCGGUUGUGCCGGCAACCAAUCAAGAAGUCGCUGGUCACAACCAAAAUAUAACGUUCAAGUUUGACCACGAAGCGGACUACGUGGUGACGAUGAAUGAAGAGUUCAUGGAACACUGCACAGAUGGUGCACUCUCAAUUGAGGUAUGGGGCCAUCGCUCGGUGGGAUUUUCACGCAUGAAGGACUGGGAGGUAGAGCAACAGCAGGCCAAGGCACGUUCCCUGGCAGAUCGUUGGGCAGAGUUAUCACGCAAGAUCGAGCUGUGGGUUGAGAUCCAUGAGCUGAACGAUAAUGGUGAUUGGGCGCCCGUUGAGGUUCAGUGUGCACGCGAUAUGCUAACAGGUGGAGUGUACCAGCUACGACAAGGGUUCCAACGGCGCGUAAUGGUACGAGUGAAGCCAGUGCAAAACUCUGGUACGUUGCCUAUCAUCUGUCAAUCGAUCAUCAAUGUUUCGAUGGGAUGUGUAACUAUGCGUUCAAAACUGCAGAAACCGAUGGACUCGUAUCAAGAAGAAGAUCUUACGGUGCUACGAGACAAAUGGAGUGAAGCUCUUGGACGCCGACGUCAGUACCUUGACCAGCAAAUACAGCGAUUGAUCAACAAAGAUGAUAAGACGGAACAGGAAAAGGAACGCGAACAGAGUUUGGUGAACCAAUGGGUUUCGCUGACGGAGGAGCGCAAUGCGGUGUUGGUGCCAGCUCCUGGGUCCGGCAUUCCUGGUGCACCUGCCUCUUGGGAUCCACCGCUCGGCAUGGAACCACACGUUCCUGUUCUGUUUCUCGAUCUCAACGCAGACGAUUUGUCAACGCAGGGUCUGUCAAACGACGAGGUCCCUCUGGCUGGUGUGAAUUCAAUUUUGCCGAAAGAGCAUGGCAAUAAGUUCUAUAAUUUACAGAUAAUCCAGCACUUGGACAAGGAUAUUUGCGCUAUUUGUAGUUGGGAUUCAUCCAUUCAUGACUGUGCGUCGCUUAACCGUAUCACCGAAGCUAAUGAGCGGGUUUAUCUGAUUCUGAAGACGACCGUUCGACUUUCGCAUCCGGCUCCAAUGGAUUUGGUACUACGCAAACGGCUAGCACUAAACAUUUAUAAGCGACAGAGCUUUACGGAUCGGUUAAAGAAGCUGCGAAUUGGACGCGCGGACUCACUAUCGUUACAAUCAGGCGUUACGUACGAAGUGGUUUCCAACAUUCCAAAGGCUUCGGAAGAGCUAGAGGAUCGUGAAUCGUUGGCUCAGAUUGCCGCCACCGGUGACGAUUGUUCGGCAAGUGAUGGCGAAACAUACAUCGAAAAAUAUACCAAAGGAGUAUCAGCUGUCGAGAGUAUUUUGACGCUGGAUCGUCUAAGGCAGAGUGUGGCCGUAAAAGAGCUGGAACAGGUGCGCGGACCGGCACUUUCUAUGCGCAAGACGGCCAGUGUACCAAACUUCUCACAGGCCGUAAAAGAUGCCAGGGAUCUAAGUACGAGUCUCACCACCUCGAGGACAAUGAGAUUCUUCGAUGCCUCGUUCGAGUCGUUGUUGAGCAUUGGACGUUCAGAAUCGUAUGCUGAUUUAAAAAUGGGCAUUAACAAUGCGCAAAGCACGCGUGAGAUAGCUAACAACAGGCAAAAAAUGAAAAACAGCAAUGGUGAGGAAUCCUCCAGCUCGGGUUACGGUGCAGCUCGCCCCACAUUCCUCAAUCUUAAUAUCAAUCUGAACUCCUUGCGACUUCAGCCAACUAAACCCUCACCAGCAGCAAGCAAAUUGGCCCAAAGGAUGACGACGUUGCACGAGGAACCGUUGAUUAAGCAGAUCUGCUACGAAGAAGAAGGAGAGGACCGGUUUAGUGAACCGGAGUAUGCCGAUUACAACGAUUUCUACGAACAGCCAAUAGGCAAGAAGCCGUCACUAUCGAAGAUGAAAUCAUCGUACACAGUCGAAUCCUUUAUUGAUAUCGAUAAACGUAGCCAGUCGACUGCUGUCGAAGCGAUGAAUUCGAUCGGGGUGACCGGUGUAAAAUUUGCUGGUAAGACGAAGGCAGAAUCAUCGUCCAUGGGUGGUAUUUCAUCGGCGCCGGUGUCGGGAGGCACUGCUGGUAGUCAUGGGGCGAAAUAUCAAACAAUGACGCCUAGCAUGAGUUCGUCCACUUCGAGCGGCUACGGUUCUCAAGCCGUCUCGUGCACUAACCUCACCAACGAUGACACGUACUCCAUCCGCUCACUAAGCGCCGGAGAAACUCCAGAUACAAUGUCGCCGUCCAAAAUGCAGGAACAAAUUUUGUCUGUUAGCACUAAUGCCAAAUCGGAGGACGAAUCUGUGACUUCUCCGACGACCUCAACCUCCGUUUGUGAGAAUACGCUAAUGGCAGGGAGCAUGAACAGCUAUAGCAGUAGUCCACCAACGCGAGUACCGAGCGACAUCCGCAAUCGUGUGAAUCCGUUCCUUAAGGAUGCCAAUUUGGAUGCGUCUGACGAUGGCAGAUCAAUCGAAUCUGUCGAACACGUGAAACAGCAACACUUCAGUAAUGAAGAUGAUGAAGGAAUUGGCGGCGAACAAACUCAGUCUGUAGAUUCAACGACUGCAAGCGAAUCGAUGCAAAUGGUUGACGAAAGUGAAGAAAAUGAAAGUUCAGCAAACACCAAACACUCCUCAGAUGUGAUGGAAAGCAGUUUCUCCUCGACGCCUGGAAAACAGGAAAUAUUUCCGGAUUGGGUUGCGGUUGGCGAGUCCGUGCUAAUAAGACCGUAUAAUACCAGCGGUGUAAUUGCUUUCAUCGGUGCCACUCACUUCCAGGGAGGAACUUGGAUCGGAGUGGAACUGGAUACGCCAACUGGGAAAAACGACGGUACCGUGCAAGGCAUCCAAUAUUUUGAUUGUCGUCCAAAGCAUGGAAUUUUUGUGCGGGUCGACAAACUAAUCCUAGACAAACGUGGCCGUGCAAUGCGUGAGCUGAAGAAGGCAGAGAAGGUGAAAGCCGAGCUAGCUAGUGGCAAAGGGGGGCAAAGAUUAUUGACGGGUGGUGCUGGAAUGACAACAAAUGGACCACGUAAAUGAUACGCGUUCCAUCAUGGCCUCAGUAGUACGCAGUGUACGUCGAGGCCGUUCGCGGGCCGCAAGCGAUUUGUUCCGAAGUCCGCUUCCAUUGCAACAUUUAACCGCGGUAAGUAAAGGAGACACCUCGACGAUACCAUACAUACAUAGCAUACCGAUCGAAUAAAAUGAAAAGUCAAACGGCGAUGAGAUAGAGGCAGUAUUGAAAUUUUCGCAAUCCGUAUGCAUGCCUAUCUCGAAAGACGGAAGUACGAAACGAAAAGUGAAUCGAUAAAGAAAGGCCGCUUGAUCGAAAGUGUAAAUUUAUUUUGUAAGUCCGAUGCAACAAAAACCAUCCCUCUUCUAUCAAGAAGCUUGCUUUAUAUUUUGAAGAUAUGUUUUUUUCCUAUACGCAAACUAGAAGCUCGUUGGUUACGGAGUGAUCGAUACAGAAACUUUAGAAAAACGCUUCAAUAGUUCAGCAACGAAUGUUCUACCGCUCUAGAUAGUGAAUGUGAUCUACUCACCACCCCAAAUUGAUGACGAUUUAAGUAAAUUAUGGUGUUUAUGCAUGUUAUCUUCGCCAUCCUGACUGUAUGAAAUUAGACUAUUGCAACUAUCAUACCAUCAUAACGAGGAUGCACGAACUAAUGGAGCUGGUCAAAAUCGGUGAAAUUGAUAUUACAUACUGGCUCACGACACGAAAGUAAAAAAUGUUAUACAUCCGGUUGUGGAUAAAUCGAACGUAUCUCACUGGUUCGUUUCUCACACACUACCAGCAUAAACAAAUCUGUAUGUUAGUUACACUUUGGUGUGAUCACAUAUUUCCAGCCAAAAGUAAACAAAAACAAAACUGAAUAACAAAUGACUUGCCAUCAACAAACGCGAACUACUGAAGUUUAUUGUUCGAAUAAUUAAAAACGUACAUUUUUAGCCUAUCGGCAGGCAUUUUGAACUGUUUGAACUCGAUUCCAUCCCGCUUUCGAUAGAAAAUUCAAAUACAAUCUAUACGUUUUUCGUCCAUUCAAUGUGAAGCUGUCGGUAGAUAAUAGGAACAAUUUCAUAGCAGAAGAGAGCUAGACAAAUGAUAAAGUAGUAUUUUCUGAAUGUAUCAUAUUUUUUAUUUAUGUUAGGAGGAAACAAUAAAGCACAACGGCUUAAAAGGGAGGACAGCAAGAGUCUUAGAAAUUAGAAGUUGGUUAGCAAGAUAAAAAUGAAAAUGAUAGUGGUUCAUUUGAAUUCUGUCCGUAAGUACGUAUGUGAUUGAUUCCGUUUGUGCAAAACCAUUAAUUCCAUUGCAAUAAGAGCAAGAUUCCUUCCGUUGCAGCGCGGUGUCCUCGGUGGUAGGAAAGCAGCACAUGAUCAUAUUAGAGCGCUAGAAAUGAAGCAGCAAUUCGUCCAAUCGAACGCUAUUACUAGUCUCUUGUGGUGGUAUUAGACGGUAACGGACGAACAUUCUAAAAUGUUUAGGAGACUGAAGAGCUCCAACCGCGAGCAAUAAACAUUCCGUUUCGCGUAUGGACAAAAGGUUAAAGUGAUUGUAUGUGUGUAUGAGAUGAUAGCCUGGUAACAGCGUAUCCUUUACGUCGUCUUAGAUAAACACUGUUAGUCUCAGGUUACUAAUCUGCACCAUCUGCAGUUCAUUGUACGCAAAUCUGUGGACCGAAGGUUGCUUGAAGAGGGAACAGUACUGGAUACUAUGUCACCAGAUAGUAUUGAGAACGUUGGUAUCGAAAAAUGUUUGCUUUGGUGGCUAAGGUACCACUAAUGAAGUGCUUAGCUCAACUGAAAGCAUCAAAGCCGUGGAAAGGAUUGAGGUAGAAGAAAUGUCCUUUAGACAUAUGACGUAGGUUUGGUAUUUGGUAAACGGAUCAUUCAAUACAUUCCCAAGUAGUUGUUGGCACUCAGCUGACGUGAUCUACUAAACUCCUAUGGAAAAUGACGUAUUUUGCUUUCAGUAUCAUCAAAGAUAUUUUUGGACAUUUUAUUUGCUAGUGGCUGUGGGAAGCUUUCCAGCAAGAAGCGGCCUAAAGCAUGCCCAAAAGCAUGUCGAAAUUAUCUAACAACUUUGAGAGCAACACAGAUAAUGAACGAACGUGAAUGUGUAAACCUGUACUUGGAUUUCUUCAAGCUCCUUUCGACUCUUACAAGAUAUGUUAUAAAACACUGAUAGUAAACAGCAAUUAAGUUUGUAGAGGAUCUUAGAUGUAGAUAAAUAUGCAAAAUUGAACACCAGUGAAUCUUAUUGAGGAAAAUGCUGCUGGUGUGUAGGUUCAGCGGCUGUAGAAAAUCCUGUGCACAGCAUAGUAAUAGCAUCGAAAAACAAACGGAGGUAGUAUUGGAUAGAUAGAGUCGUAGAUUGCAACAGUAGCAUCUGUCCUGAUUGGCAUCCUUUGUCGCUGGCCUGUAGCAUGUAGACAUCUAGUAUCAGCAACAGCAGCAGUAGCAAUAGUUGAGCACUGCGGUAAUAAUCCUUUGUAUAGUGAUUUAGUACCACUCAGAAGGAAAAAAAGUGCGUCAUAAAGUUAAUCGUUCAUAAAGAAGCGCGAGAGAAAUCCUCACAGUCACGUGAGCAAUGAGAAUUUUUAAAUCAGAUUUCUUAUCGUUUGCGGUAUAUCAUUUAUGCAAUCUUAAACUUUACACAGCAAUGCAGUUUAUGCUUAAAUGCAACACGCAGCAAAGCCUCAAAUCGGAAACAAAUCAGCAAUAUUUGAACAGGUAGUAAUUAUGGUUCAGAUGAGAUAAUUAAUCACUACCUAUCGAAAAUGGAAACAGAAGUUGCAAUAGUCUGAGCAGGAAUGAGAAGGUUCUAUUUUCCACGUUAGGUGAUUUUAACUUGUAACUAGAGUAGGGAAUUGUGAUUUAGUUUUUUUAAGUUAGGGGACAAAUUUUGUGUUUAACGUUCGCUCAAAAUGGCUUCAUUUUUUCGCACUUGGAAUGUCUUCAUAUUGGGAAAAUAAGUUACGUUUACUAUACAUUUGUUCAUGUUGUUUCAACAUACAACAGACACAUGCUAUAAAUCACGGUUCCGCUUUGCCAGGUUACCGGAGUGUAGUAGAAAGGGGAGGGAGGUGGAUCAUCCUCUGUAUCAGUCCUUUGUUAUUGUUACGCUCAAUAUUAUAAAAGAAAAUGGUGAGUAGUACCAUACAGUUGUGUGAUUUUAAGCUUACGUUUCUUUAGUUUUCCACGAUAAAAACAACGAUGUUAGGAUGCUUUAUUUAGUAACUAUUAGAAGGAGACUCGAUUAUGUAUAUAUCUAUGAACUGUACGACAUGUGUGCGUUAAGAUAUUUUUGGGCAAGCUGCUGUUAGAAAAUGCACACAGAAUUCAUAUCAUUUAUAAAGCAGAUGCUGCUGCCGAAGACGAAAUCGUUUGUGUAUAUUUAUUUUUAAUGCCUAUGUUAUGUUUUGCGUGCAUUCUCUUUCUGGUCUGUAGUAGUACCAUAAGAUUUCCACGCUCCGGUUUUACCGGAUGCGCAACGAUGCUACGAUGUUACACUAGAAAAGCGAAAGUCUCUUUCAGACAGUAUUUUACACAAUCAUUGUUACUAGCGUUUCGAGGAGUAUAACUAUUUCUUAUCCUCAACACUACCCUACCAUUCCUACUCCCCCCCUUUCACAAUCUACCUUCCCAACUCUAUCCAACCGUUGGGGAGCGAGGAAUCAUAAAUGUCAUAAAAUAAUCUAUGUAAUAAAAUGAAGUUGUAUAGUAAAGAAUGAUGAUGACUAAGGAGCGCUUUCUGGCCCGAAAAGUUGACGGGUUGUUGCAAUAAAGGUUAUGAUGGUAAAGGCUGAAAACUUGCAUGAUAAUGAUAAAAGGUGGUAAAAACGCAAACUGGGUAGACGUAUAUUCCCCAUAUCGGACGUGGAAGGAAAGAAAUGUGUUUUGCAGAAAAGUCCAUAGGAACAGUGAGGAAGCGUGUUUAUCGAGUAAUAUCCCAUUCCGUCGCACAUACCCUCCCGCUCGCCCUGGCGUAUUAAGAGCAAACAGAUAUACAAAUUAUUAAUCUUUACCAAAGGCGAGUAAAACAAUAAUAUUACAGAGAGGAAAAGAACGCAUUGUGAAAAUAUUUGAGAAUCUAAAGAUAGAACAACACAAACAAUACAUAAAUCCUGAAAUAAAAGUUUAGUACAGUCGAAUGAAUCACGCGGUCAGAGAAAUGUGGCGGAUGAUGAAAAAAUGAAAAACAAAAUCCACAAAUCUAUUUUUCUAGACUAGUAAUAAAAAUAUGCGACGUGCACGUAUAUGUGUGCUUGCGUGUGCUGCAUGCCACAGGAGGUCAAUAUUGAAUGGGUACAUAUUUAAAGCAACAAAACAAAAACAUAUACAGAGAAGCUUGCUAUUAAACAAAAAUUAAGCAAUCGAACUUUUCAUUUCGCGUGAGAUGCGCCAUGCCAUAACAUUACUCCAAAAUGACGGAAAAAAGUUUCCCGAACAUCCGUGUGAAUGUGUGGGAAAUAUAUCCUUUAAAGUAGGCUACAAACAAACACAACACACGUCACGCUCACUUUUUCAACUUGUCUUGGAGGUGGGACUCAAGCAGCGAUGAGUGAAUCGUUAUGCAAGAUGACAACAGUAUCGCACAGAUAUGAAGAAGAGAUAUAACAAAUCUAGUCAUUAAGCGUGAUGGGUUUUCGUCAUUGAAAUCUACACAAGGAAGAAGGAAUAUAACACAAACCAACAAGAACAUACAAAUUACAACUCAAAGCAUGAGCAAAAACAACAGGACAUCAAAAUAAUCGUGAAAAAUAAAAACAUAAGCAAGCGAAGUAACAACAAAACAAAGAUUAAUACUUAUAAACUGCUUAUUCUGUAAUUAUAAUAAAAAAUAGUCGCAACUCGAAGAAA